AUGGCGGGCCUAUUCCGCCUCCUCAGAAUGCAAUACACCCCACCAAGAGAUCCACGAGGAGUCUCAUUUGCUGGCAAAACAGUCCUGUUGACCGGUGCCACCUCGGGGCUGGGGCUUGAGGCUGCCAUCAAAUUCCUAAAUUCUGGGGUUGCUUCUCUGAUCAUUGGCAGCCGCAAUGUGGAGCGUGGCCAACAGGCGAAAGCAGAGCUGGAAAAGAGUACCAACCGAUCCGGCGUGGUCCAGGUCUGGGAGCUUGAGAUGAACAAUUUUCAGAGUGUCAAGAGCUUCGCCAGUCGCAUUGACACAGAACUUGAAAGUCUGGAUGUGGCCCUUCUCAAUGCCGGGCUCUUCAACCGGGAGUACACCACCUCGGCAGAGGAAUGGGAGGAGAUGUUGCAGGUCAACACGCUGUCCACCUCGCUGCUGGCUCUGCUCCUCCUUCCGAAGUUGAGGGCCAGCGCCUCCGAAUCGGAGCCUGCACAUCUGACUCUUGUGUCCAGUCAGCAAUUCGUUCGUGUCAAGGCUGAGAGCCUCCAGACAGAAGGUUCUCUGUUAGAACAUGUGAAUGCACCCGACGGGUUCAAGAGUCCUAAGCAGUACGGCAUCUCAAAACUACUCCUGGAAUAUGUGGUCAAAAACAUUGCCGACCUGGUCCGCAAUGAGAACGGGACUCUGCCGGUCAUCGUCAAUUCUGUGAGCCCCGGGUUCUGUCAGUCAUCUCUCGGUCGCCAGUACAACCGAUUCUAUGAACGGUGGUUGAUGUGGCUCGUGUAUAAAUUCUUUGCUCGCACCACCGAGCAAGGGAGCCGGUCGUUGGUUAGUGCCACCGUCCAAGGCGCGGAAUCUCAAGGGAAAUGUUGGCGAAGCGAUGGAUAUCUCGAUGAAUCAACCGCCCUAACGACCGGGCCAGAGGGGAAGCGAUUUCAAGCCAAAGCAUGGAAGGAGAUGAUGGAGAUACUGAAAGCACAGGCAACAGAGUUGAAGAGCAUCUUAAGAGCAUAG